ACCAAUUUCAAUCAAUAGAUAAGGCACCUCUAACUUCCUCUUCAUCUAAUCCUUUUCCUCUGUUCUGUUCUGUUCUGUUUUGUUCUUCUCCUCUCUCACUCUCACAUCUCAUCAGAGUGAGGAAGAAGAAUCCUAGUAAGCAUUAAGCAAUAACCAUGGCCACACUUCAAGCUUCACUUCUUUGUAGAAUUUCCUUCCCAUUCUCCUCUCACAAGCAACAUCGUUUUCUCUACAAACUCCCUCAUUCUUUCAAACUCUAUCCGCUCCAAUUUCACCCGCGCAUUCUCUCUACAAUCUCUUGCAACGUAACUUCUUUGUCUCAAUCAAAUCCUUCAGAUGCCGAUUCUAAUUUAAAUGAAAACGAAGCAACUCCAAAAUUAACGAGUGUCGUCGACGGAAAUGACGCUGAAUGUUUCAAUCCUUUAACUGACGAGGGAGUGACGGAGAGUGAGAAUGCGAAAGAGGAAGGUGGGGACGGAAGGUUACCGAUUGUGGCGUUCUUUGAGGAAACACGAGAAGGUAUAAAAAAGGCUUUCAUCGAUUUCAUUAAUUGGGUGCCGUUUUGGCAACAGGAGAGGCGUUUGGCAAAGUUAAUCGCUGAGGCUGAGGCAAAUCCCAACGAUGUUGCCAAACAAACUGCACUACUUGUUGAAUUUAAUAAGCACAGUCCUGAGUGUGUCAUCAAGCACUUUGAAGAAAGAGAGGGUGCUGUAGACAGUAGAGGUGUUGUAGAAUAUCUUCGAGCUCUGGUGAUCACUAAUGCCAUUGCUGAAUAUCUUCCAAAUGAGGAAUCUGGAAAACCUUCUACCCUUCAUACCCUGAAAUUUCAUGUGUUGCGACCGUGGACUGUUCCUUUUGUCACCAUGAACUGUCUUGUCGUUUCACCUUUAUAUCAGUUUCAUUUGACGUCUUUUAUUUCAUUAUUUACAUGUAAUGGUUAUAUCAUGGUCCAAUUGAUGGUAAAUAUGUUUUCACAGUUGCAAGAGUUGAAGCAGCGAGCAUCAGGCAACUCAGAUGAGCCUAUUCUUAGCCCUGGAACAUCUGAAAGGCAGCCAUUACAUGUGAUUAUGGUUGAACCAAAAGUAUCAAACAAAUCACAUCUUGUACAAGAUCUUUUAUCAACUGUUGUGUUUAUUGUUGCUAUGGGAGUGGUCUGGGUGUUGGGUAUUGUAGCACUUCAAAAAUACAUUGGAAGCUUGGGUGGGGUUGGAACUUCAAGUGUUGGUUCAAGUACUUCAUUUUCCCCAAAGGAACUAAAUAAGGAAGUGAUGCCAGAAAAGAUUGCCAAAACAUUUAAAGAUGUGAAAGGUUGUGAUGAUGCAAAACAAGAACUUGAGGAAGUUGUGGAGUACUUGAGAAAUCCAGAUAAAUUUACCCGCCUUGGAGGAAAGUUGCCAAAGGGGAUUCUCUUGACAGGACCACCUGGAACCGGAAAAACUCUGUUAGCCAAGGCUAUAGCUGGAGAAGCCGGUGUUCCAUUUUUCUAUCGAGCAGGCUCUGAAUUUGAGGAGAUGUAUGUUGGAGUUGGUGCUCGACGUGUAAGAUCUUUAUUUCAUGCAGCGAAAAAGAAGGCUCCUUGUAUCAUUUUCAUUGAUGAAAUAGAUGCCGUUGGUUCAACUAGAAAACAGUGGGAGGGUCAUACAAAGAAGACAUUGCAUCAACUACUUGUUGAAAUGGAUGGGUUUGAGCAGAAUGAAGGAAUAAUAGUAAUGGCUGCAACAAACCUGCCUGAUAUUCUUGAUCCUGCUUUAACAAGACCUGGUAGAUUUGAUCGGCAUAUUGUUGUUCCAAAUCCAGAUUUACGUGGCCGACAAGAAAUAUUGGAGCUUUACCUGCAAGAUAAACCUUUGGCUGAUGAUGUAGAUAUUAAAUCAAUUGCUCGUGGAACCCCAGGAUUCAAUGGGGCAGAUCUUGCAAACCUGGUAAACAUUGCUGCUAUUAAAGCUGCUGUUGAAGGUGGAGAGAAAUUAGCAGCUGCACAGUUGGAGUUUGCGAAAGAUAGAAUAAUUAUGGGUACAGAGCGAAAAACGAUGUCCAUAUCAGAGGAAUCAAAAAAGCUUACUGCUUAUCAUGAGAGUGGCCAUGCAAUUGUUGCCAUUAACACUGAGGGGGCUCAACCGAUUCACAAGGCAACAAUCAUGCCUCGUGGAUCUGCCUUAGGAAUGGUCACUCAGCUUCCUUCUAUUGAUGAGACAUCAAUCAGCAAGAAGCAGUUGCUAGCUCGCCUUGAUGUUUGUAUGGGUGGAAGAGUUGCAGAAGAAAUUAUCUUUGGUCAGGAUAAUAUCACAACAGGAGCAAGUAGUGAUCUUCAUACAGCUACCGAGCUUGCCCAAUAUAUGGUAUCAAUUUGUGGAAUGAGUGAUGCAAUAGGGCCAAUACGUAUAAAGGAGAGACCAAGUUCUGAAAUGCAGUCCCGUAUUGAUGCAGAGGUUGUGAAACUUCUUAGAGAGGCAUAUGAUCGAGUGAAAGCCCUUCUAAAGAAGCACGAGAAGGCAUUACAUGCACUGGCGAAUGCUUUAUUAGAGUAUGAGACGCUUAGUGCAGAAGAAAUCAGGCGGAUACUUCUACCAUAUGGGGAAGGAAGACCGCCAAAGCAACAAGAACAAGAAUCAGCCGAAGCGGAGCUUGUAUUGGUCUAAACAUUCUUUCUGCUUGCUGCCUAUUAACUAUUCUAACUAUAGUGGUAGUGUGUACAGCAUAACUAGCUGCCCUACAGGUAUUUUUCUUGAUCCAAUUGUGCUCCACUCCUUUGUGCAUUUUAUUCUGGUCAUAUGAUUCCAAGUGAUACACCUUUGAGUAAUAUCUGAAGCAACCAGUCCUGACCACAAUGACAAAUAUCGGAGUAUUGCCCUUGCUAGGAGUGCGAGCAACGUUGUUUUUGGAGAGAACUGUGUAUAGUUUGUCGAAAGAUAUUUAUUGGACAUUUUGAGAAUUGUGCCUACUAGGGUACUCAUUAUUCACUGCCUUUAAAAUUUAUUGUUUAUUGAAUCCAAGUAUCUGUUCAUGUGAUCCAACUGAAGGGUGCAGCAACAAAAUUAGCAUUUAACAACUCUGCAUAAGCAUUACUG